AUGGAAAUAGAUGCCCGCUUUCGCUACUAUUUCCAGCACCCGUGGUCGCGCCUCAUCGUGGCCUACCUCGUCACCUUCUUCAACUUCCUCAUCUUCGCCGAGGACCCCAUCUCCCACAGUCAGACGGAGGCCCACAUGAUCGUGGUGGGCAACUGCUUCUCCUUCCUGUUCAACAAGUACCCGGGCCUCGGAUGGAACGUCCUGAAAGUAGUAUGCUGGAUACUCGCCAUAAUCACCGGCAUGCUAGCCGGGAAGUUUAUAUUCCACCGCCAGCUCUUUGGUAGAUACCUGCGGCUGAAAGUGUUCCGCGAGGAUCACGGCUCCUGGAUGACCAUGUUCUUCAGCGCCAUCCUCUUCCUCUUCAUCUUCUCACACAUCUACAACCUUUUCCUGCUGAUGGCUGGGAGCAUGGAGCCCCACAUGGUGACGGACAGCAUGGGCAUCCGGAACGAGAGCUUUAUGAAGAUUGCUGCAGUGGGAACGUGGAUGGGAGACUUUGUCACCGCCUGGAUGGUGACCGAUAUGAUGCUUCAGGAUCAGCACUACCCGGACUGGGGCAAAGCAGCCAGAAGGUUCUGGAAGCAAGGCAACAACAGGAUUGUUCUCUUCUGGACCGUGCUCAUCUCUCUGACGUCGGUAGUGGUGCUGGUCAUCAGCACCGACUGGAUCAGCUGGGACAACCUGAACCGAGGCUUCCUGCCCAGCGACGAGAUCUCCAGGGCCUUCCUGGCCUCUUUCAUCUUGGUCUUCGACCUUCUCAUUGUCAUGCAGGACUGGGAGUUCCCUCACUUCAUGGGUGACCUGGAUAUGAAUCUACCAGGAAUGUCAACGACGCACGUCAAGGUCAAGCUUCCUGUCUGCAAGAGCAUCUUCAAAGAGGAGUACCACAUUCACAUCACAGGCAAGUGGUUCAACUACGGGAUCAUCUUCCUCGUGCUGAUUCUGGACCUCAACAUGUGGAAGAACCAGAUCUUCUACCAGCCCUACGAGUACGGCCAGUACGUCGGGCCCGGGGAGAAGAUCUUCACGGUGGAAGAGCCGGAGACGCUCGUCUUCUUCAACCGAAGCACUCUCACGUACGCGUGGCGCUCCACCAACAUCAACCCGGACAGCAACUUGACCUAUGUGGAGCGCGACAUGUUCCUCCACAGCCGCUACACUGGAUCCAGCCUGGACGUCAAGUGCCUGGCCUUCAUCCCCAGCCUGGCGGCGUUCGUCCUCUUCGGCUUUUUCAUUUGGCUGUUUGGCCGAUUUCAGGACAGCGAGACCUUCCCGGAAAACCAAGACAAGACGUACGAGAGGAUAAAGAGGAAGUCGCCGUCGGAGUACAGCAAGGAGAUGGGCGUGACGCCGGAGGAGCUGCACAUGACCAUGAGCGACAGCCUGAAGAGGGCGGGAGCGCCCAUGCUGCUGUCGGUGGACGGCCCGCACUUUGGAGCGACGCCCUCCACGCACUCCACCAUCUCCAUGGAAACCCAAGAGACGCAUCCGAGCAUCGUGAUCGACAGCGCCGAGCGGGAGGAGCCCGCCGUGUCCUUUGAGGUCCACGAGCUCUCUCCGUGACCUUUUUGACCUCCUGAAGCUUUGGACUACAUAAGUGUGGGCAGGUCGAAAGCGGGAGGUCACGGUAGCUUUUAAAAGGUCACUUUUCUUUGGAUUACACCAAAGCUGCAAGAGAAGUCGGCCAUAAAUGCUUGUGAGAUUGAGGAGAAGGGCAAAGUGAUGUGAUGAGAUUACAGUCGCAUUUGUUUGAGUAUAUUUUUGUAAAACACUCUUUUUAAGAAAGCCUCUAAUGCGGCACAAGUUCUUAUAACAAACACUUUUAAAAACAGAAUGCAAACUUGUAAUCGACACGGUGCUUGAUCGGAUUUUGCAUUUUCAUAAUCCAAUUUUGUCACGGGAAACUAUUUUGGUGCCUAUAUCAGAAGAGUGUUUCUACAGUCUUAACACUGCAGUCAAGUGGAUUUUAUUGUAUCACUGCUACACUUGUGCCUUGAUAUGUCAUAUCUUCAGACACCGUCGAAACAUCCAGUAUAUUAUAUUAUGAGCCACCAAACGGAAGAUGUCCUCUUUACAUUCUACUACAUCAAAGUCUUUUAUCAGCUUUCAUGUCACGCAGACAAUCGUUCCCACAUUUGAUCUUCAGACUUUCUCAGUUUCAUUUAUUCUCUCGUGACGUCACACUCCAUCAGUGCUCCUGAGGCUGCAGCACCUGGGCUGAAUACCAGCAGAGGUGCUUUUGCUUUUGGUAUAAACGGGCCAUUGAAGUGCAGGGAGGCUUCUGCUCCAAAGCUCAGGGCUUCUUCAUGUCUGGAUACAUCCAAAAAGUUUUAGAAAUAGUUUUUCAGGCACGGUGAAUGCAUUAAAAAGUAUUUAUUUUAUUACAUUACAGGUUGUUAUUUAAAACAUGAUCCUCGUUCCCCGUUAUCCUGAUGCUUCAACUCAAACCUGCUGCAUUUGUAUUUACAUUGGAUUUUACAAGUCUUGCGUAUACGUAUAAUAUUUGGAGCUUUACGUCCAUAAUAGUGCAAAUACCAACUUCACUACAUGUUUGGCACAUAUCACUAAGUACUUCUACUGCAUAGAAAUUGGACCAACUAUACCAAAUACUACAUUAUUUUGAAUAAAUACUGCUGCAUACGAUGUAAUGCAAAUUUAAUGGAGGUAUAUUCAUGAAUAACAGAGUGGAAUGAUAUUAAGUGUUCUCACUCUGCACUAUAAUGGACUGUAAUGUACAAUAGUUUUUUAGGAAAAUGGUUUUCCAAAAAAAGUAUCAAAGAGAAGAAGAAGAGAAGUAUUUGUACCCUGGGGGGUACCACCAGAAUAUUUACACACUUCUGCUGCAUUUAAUUAAAAUGAGUGAAUACAUUUGACAAGAAGGCCAUUUUUAAUAAAUGUCUGCGGAUUUAAUAUAUAUAUAUAUUACAUUUGCUGACAUUUAUUAUAAGUAAAAAUAACAAUGGUUAGAAGAUCAACAUUUGUCCUGCUUUAACAUUUACAGUUUUCAUUUCAGCAUUGCGUUUCAAUUGAGCUUUAAGAUAUGUUGUCUGUUGUACGUGUUAACUGUAAUGAUUCAGCAGCAUUCAGCCAUUCUCCGCUCCGGGGGGCACUUUGUUUCAUCGGCCAACAUAUUUUUAAAUUGUCUAUAAAGACACCAUUUACAUGUUCCCCUCAUUGUUCAGUUAAUAAUGAAGACAUUUCUAACCAUUUUUAAAUAUUUAAGAAGUGCUUUCAUACAUGUAAAGCUGUAAAACUUGUUCUGGUGGUACAGUCUGGACUCGUGUGUGUGUGUGUGUGUGUGUGUGUGUGUGUGUGUGUAGAUUGUGUCCGUAAAGGAUGUUUUAUACUUAAUAGUGCAUGUUGAGUGUGCGAUUGUGUGUGUGCGGCGAUGUACUGCUACCCUUGUUCGUGACAAAGGCCAUUCUGUGAAGAGGUCACUUUAUUGGCGUAAUUGUUUCUUUGAUCCUCCUUCUAUACGUCACAGGUCUACGAGGAAAUACGGUUUUGGGGUCUCACCAAAGGGCGGAACCUCUGUGGACUUGAGGAGGGUCUUUUGUGUUUCUAACGUAAUGUGUUGCAGUUUAAAGUGAGCUUUUCCUCUUUCGUUGUUCAAACUGUUUUUAUUCCAUCAGUUCCUGGGUGUUUGUGCUUUUUUUUUCGCACAGGAAAUCUCGGUGUACGGUGUUUGCUCAGCGUGCUGUAUGUCUUUUAAACCUUGUGUUACCAAUAAAUCUAUACAUCUUUUUGUAAUCUCCGUA